AGAGAGUGGGUUCUCUCCUGCUCAGUGCUGUUAACGCCUGCUGUUAGUUUAUACCCUGACCUGUUACUAAAGGAAAUCAAUUUAAUCCCCCAAAGUAAAAGCAACAGAUCUCCAGAGUCAGAGAAGACCUCGAUCAACUGAAGACUAAAGAAAGAGACGGUGAGAAACUGAACAUCAUCAUGUCCAGCAGAGAGACCAAAGCAGCACAGGUGGAAACAGGUGCUGUUAACAACGAUAAAAAAACAUCAAGAGAAAACACAAGCAGCAAAACCAUGGAAAAAGACCACAGCAAUGGAAGUUUAAGUGAUGCACAUGAUAUAAAGAACAACAGGAGCAGGAAAAUAGAAGAUGGAAGCAAUGAAAACCUGCCCAUGUUUAAACUCCACCUGGAUAAAACGUGGCAGAACAGCAAUGGAUUCUGCAGAAGAAGCACGUUUGGGAAAAGCAUUCCAAAAGAGAACAAGACCAUCAUGAUGAUCGGAGCCACAGGUGCAGGAAAAACCACUCUAAUUAACAGCAUGAUCAACUACAUCCUGGGAGUUCAAUGGGAAGAUGACUUCCGGUUUGUGCUGAUAGAUGAAGGGAAGCAGAAAUCCCAGGCUGAAAGUCAAACUUCGGAGAUCACGGCAUAUCAAAUCAAUCACAUGGAUGGUUUCCGGGUCCCAUAUUCUCUGACCAUUGUGGACACACCAGGCUUCGGUGAUACUAGAGGAAUUUCACAUGACCAGAAAAUCACAAAGCAGAUUCAAGAGUUCUUCUCUGCCCGUGGAGGGAUCGACCGCAUUGAUGCUGUGUGUUUUGUAGUACAGGCUUCACUUGCUCGUCUGACGCACACACAGAAAUAUAUCUUUGACUCCGUUCUUUCCAUAUUUGGGAAGGAUAUUGCUGAAAACAUCCUUAUGAUGGUCACCUUUGCAGAUGGGAAAACACCCACUGUUCUCGAGGCCAUCAAAGUCUCUGAGGUGCCCUGUUCUACCAAUGAGUCUGGAGAGCCACUUCACUUCAAGUUCAACAACUCUGCUCUGUUUGCUACCAAUAACACAUCUGCAGACGAUGAGGAGUCUGAUUUUGACCGAAUGUUCUGGAAGCUGGGAUUUUCUAGCAUGAGAAAGUUCUUCACAUCCCUUACAACGAUGGAAACCAAGAGCCUGUCUCUGACACGAGAAGUCCUGAAAGAGCGGCAAGAGCUAGAAGUGCUUGUGGAAGGCCUUCAGCCCCAAAUCAAUGCUGGUCUGACAAAACUGGAUGAAAUCAAGAGGACAAGAGCUGCUCUGGAGCAACACAAGGCGGAAAUGGAUGCGAACAAGAAUUUUGAAUACGAAUUAGAUAUAACUGUCCCAAAAAAGAUCGAAAACAAUUCUGGGUACUUCUUAACCAACUGCCAAACUUGUCACUUCACAUGUCAUAAUAAAUGCAAAAUUCCAAAUGACAGUGAUAAAUAUAAGUGCAAGGCCAUGACAGAUGGAAUUUGUCGGGUCUGUCCAGGAAAGUGUCCCUGGACUGUGCACUUCAAUCAGAAAUACAAAUGGACUUAUGUCCCAGAAAAGAGAAAGGAAACCUAUCAGGAUUUAAAAAAGCGAUUUAAGGCUGCACAUGGACAGGUCAUGUCAAAAGAGAAGAUCUUUGAAGAGCUUGAAAAGGAGCUUGAGGUUGUCCAGGAUAUUGUGACCAGACUAAUUGAAAGAUCUCAAAUGUCUUUGCAGCGGCUGCAGGAAAUCGCCCUCAAGCCCAAUCCUCUGUCCACCCCUGAUUACAUUAAUCUGAUGAUUGAGUCUGAGAAACAAGAAGCCAAGCAUGGAUUUCAAAAUCGCAUUCAGGCUUUGAUAGAAGUCAGGAAGAAGGCAGAGAUUAUCAGUAAGGUUUCCACAGGAGAAGUGCUUCCAGAAGAUUUGAAAGCAUACAAACCUGCAACAACAAAAAAAGGAUCAUCCUUUCAUCCAAUGGUCCUGUUCAGUAAGGCAAACUAUUAUAAACAGUUGUAGUUUGAAAAUAAAUCAAUAGAGCACAACCAUACAACAGAACUCAGAUAAGCUCAGAAGAAACCAAGCUAGAAAUAAUAAAUUAAAGCAAAGGCAAAGUUGUAUUAAAAUAUGCAUUAACAAAGAGCAACACUGAAUAAUAUACUGAUUCAAACUCCUGACAUGUGCCUAAGUUCAUUUGAUUUGCUUUCAAUAAAAUUUU